AUGAGAGUGCUAGCUCCACCUGACGGUUGGUCUGCCGUGGUCCGCGGUGCGUUGGCUAAAGUGCUUUCACAAGCAUCUCCCACGAUUCCUCGAAUUCUCAUCACAUCUCACAUCGCUCGUCUACACCACGGUCAUCUGCGUCGCACCUUAUUCGACCCUUUACUUCACGAGAGGAAUCGAGCGUAUCAUGCAACAAUUGAAGCCAAGCUCGACGCUGACCUUCAGCAAUUGAUUCCGAUUGAGAUUGGGUAUGAUGGAGAGAAAGACUAUGUGGUCAAAUUCAAGUUCCACGCGCCCUAUUAA